AUGCUGUGCUGGACUAUAGGAGAGACCGAAAUAGGUUCUAGGGACCAGGAUGGAUUUGAUUCUGAAAAUGUGGUUGUAGCUAAGGUUGAGGUUGUAGCUGAGGUUGAGGUUGAAGUUGAGGUUGAGGUUGAGGUUGAAGUUAAGGUUGAGGUUGAGUAUAGUCCUAGGCGAACAUAUUCAGCUGUGGCUGAUUAUGAGCCUGGAAUUAUAUCCCAGAUUGAGAUUAAGAGUUUAGAUGAAGCUUAUAUUGUAUCUCAGGGAUAG